AUGGCGGCUCGCAUGGCCUUCAACACGCACGAUUCUUCGUCGCCCUCGUCGUUCGCCUCUUCGUCCGCUGGCGCCUCUGCUUCGCUGUCGCGAUCCAAUUCGAGCGCAGCAAGCCCGUUCGCAACCAUGGCCUCGUACGGAUCAUCUCCCUACGCCUCGACGAGCACCGGCUCGCAAGCCGACUCGCCACUCGACAAGAUCCGCGAGUACACUUCGAAAGUGGAGGAUCUGAUCGACCAGUACACGCAGCCCAUCAAGCCGCAUCUGCCGGCGCUCGGCCGCUUCCUGAUCGUCGUCACGUUCCUCGAGGAUGCGCUGCGCAUCCUCACGCAGUGGAGCGACCAAAAGUACUACCUCCAGCGCCAUCGCGGCUUCCCCUGGGGCAUCAGCCACAUUUUCCUGCUCGCCAACGUCGUCGUCAUGUGUGCGGCUUCGGCAGCUGUGAUCAUGCGCAAGUACCCCGAGAUGUCGGUGGGCGCGCUGUUCGGCGUGGUGGUGGUCCAGGGCUUCGGCUACGGACUGAUCUUUGACCUCAACUUCUUCCUGCGCAACCUGUCGGUGGUGGGUGGCCUGCUGAUGGUGCUGUCGGACAGCCUGUCGGCCAAGAAGAACAUCUUUGCCGGACUGCCGAGUCUGAGCGAGACGGACCGCAAGAUCUACUUCCAGCUGGCGGGGCGUGUGCUGCUCAUCUUCCUCUUCAUCGGCUUCAUCAUCCAGGGCGAGUGGACGCUGGCGCGCGUCAUCGUGUCGGUGCUGGGCCUCGGCGCCUGCGUGAUGGUCGUCGUCGGCUUCAAGGCACGCUGGAGCGCGAGCUUCCUCGUCAUGCUGCUCAGCCUCUUCAACCUGUUCGUCAACAAUUUCUGGACGGUGCACUCGGCGCACCCGUCGCGCGACUUCCUGCGCUACGACUUUUUCCAGACGCUCUCCAUCGUCGGCGGUCUGCUCCUCCUCGUCAACAUGGGUCCCGGCGGUCUCUCGGUCGACGAGCGCAAGAAGGUCACCUAA